UUUUCAAGAAUGUUGUCGAUGUAACAAUUUCCAAUUGUUUCAAUUGUUGAAGCGAAAUAAAGCGUUAUUUGGAAAGUAUUCGUUUGCGAAUUUCUAGUGAAAAAAUGAUGAGAGAAAGUUAUAAUAGACGUGAUGGCGCUGAACCCGACGGUCAGCAAAAUCAGAAUUAUUGGAUUAAUAAUAGUUUCUAUGACUUGCCCGCCAAUGAGUGUUUCUCCGCUUACAAAGGAGAUUCAUCAUUUGAGGUGAACAAACCUAAGAGAGAUUUAAAGAUAGGAGGAUUUAAACACUUUUUCAAAAGUGUAUUUUGUAAACUGUUGCGCUGUUGUUGCGUAAAAGGAGAAACUUCCGAUUCACCGAAGUGCGAAUUGGAGGAUUUUCAAUCUGGACUUGAACGUCUAAACAACACUAAAGACAAGUACAAAUUUCAAGAAAUUGGUGAAGGAUCUUUUGGCACAGUGUAUGUGGGUCGGUGUAAAAGUUCCGACAAAGCAAUCGCUGUCAAAGCCAUCAAGAAACGACGGUUUUUCCUAAAGCAGGUAUACAUUGUUUUCCAUAAUCUUUCUAUCUACAAACGAUACAAUGUCUGUAACGACAUUGGUAGAAUCCAAGAAUGUACUACUUUAUUUUAUCUUUGAAGUGUGUACACAUGACUGAAAA